UGUUGUCAAGUGUAUGCCAUGCAUUUCUUAUAAUUGACUUAUUCCCGCAAUUUUAGCAGGUUAAAUAGUAUUUUUUCUUAUUCAUGCACCCCUACCAACAUUAUACGUCAUAUUCAUGCGCCCUUUGUUUUUGUGUUCAUGAAGGAGCGAGUGAUUAAAAGUAGCUACAAUAAGGUUACAGAGCUGGGUUCAACAUGGUGGUGUUCCCAAGCUCCUUGACAGAGGAAGAGGAGUCUCUGCAGAAGAAAUAUGCCAAACUCAAGAAAAAGAAAAAGGCCCUGCUGGCUUUGAAGAAGCAGCAGAGUUCAACCAGCCAGACCAAUCAGAGUGGAUUGAAGCGCACUUUGUCAGACCAGCCUGUGCUAGAUACAGCGACAGCUACAGAGCAGGCGAAGAUGCUGAUCAAGUCUGGGGCCAUCAGUGCUAUCAAGUCAGAGAACAAGAACUCUGGCUUCAAGCGCUCUAGAACGCUAGAGAUCAAGCUCAAGGAUCCAGAGAAAGUCCCAGGCCCUGUGGCUUUCCAACCAUUCCAAAGGAGCAUGUCCACAGAUGAUGAGCUUUCUGAGGCUGGCAAAAGAGCCCACAGAAAAUCUCUGUACGAGAGCUUCAUCACUCCAGGCGACCGGGCAGCUCGUGAUGAGGAGGAGGAAGGUGGCCUGUCCACCAGCAAAGACAUAGAGCGAGAGAGAGACAGAGGAGACCGAGAGAUGGACAGAGAGAGAGAGCGUGACAGAGAGAGGGAGAGAGACCGAGGCAGCGGCGACCGGGGCAGGGACAGAGAGCUGCGAGACCGCGAGAGGAGCGAGAGAGACAGGAGCCGGGACAGAGAGCGUGACCGGGAAAGGGGAGGAGACAGAGAGUCACGUGAGCGAGACGGACCAUUCAGACGAUCAGACUCAUACCCGGAGCGGAGGGGGGUGAGGAAGGGGAAUACGGUGUAUGUGUAUGGAACUGGCCUUGUGGAGGACAGCCUGCGCUUAGCCUUCUCCCAACAUGGCACCAUCAUUGACCUGUCCAUGGACUCCCAACGCAACUGUGCAUUCAUCACCUUUGAAAAGAUGGAGUCUGCAGACCAGGCUGUAGCAGAGGUAAGUAUAGCUCUAGCUCCCUCUCCCAACUUAAUUCAUUAUAGUGUAAAACCUAUAAUCUAUACACUCUUCUCCCAGUUGAAUGGAAGCACAGUGGGAGAUGUCCCCAUAAAAGUCAGCAUCGCUAGGAAGCAGCCCAUGCUGGAGGCAGCCACCGGCAAAUCUGUCUGGGCCACUCUGGCUGUGCAGAACAGUGCCAAAGGCUCCUACCGAGACAAGAGGAACCAAGUUGUGUACAGUGAGGAUUUCCUAUGAGCUGGGGGGCGUGCUGCAUUGGAGAUCUGUAAGGAGUAGUAAUCAAUGAUUUAGUGUUAGCUUUGUUUGUAUGCUUUUUUCUAUAUUGCAUUUUGAGUUUGUUGUUGAUUGCCUGUUAGUCCGAUACAGCACCACGUGUCAGUUGUUCUGAGUAGGUGCUACAUUUCUAUUCAUGGCCAGGAUGUGUAAUGGCAAUGACCACGUGAAAAGAGAUGUGGUGGUUGGCAUGGUGGCCUGGUCUUGCUCUUGUAACCAGGGGAUUCAUUGUUUUGGGGAGCUCAAUAAAUCACUUCAAUACA